AUGGAAUCUCCACGUUCCCUUCGACGCCUCGCCGUCGCCCUCCUUUCUUUGACUCCUACUGUCCUCGCCCAGAACAAGGCUGAUGUCAUCUCCAAGUGUCUCGACGAAGCCGGUGUUCGCAAUGUCAUCGACACCGACAGCUCCUGGGCCCAGGAAACAGUAAUGUUCCAGAAGCGUCUCAAGCCUGACCCUGAAGCUAUCGCCUUCCCUGAAAACAGUGACGACGUCGCCUCUGCACUGAAAUGUGCUCGCGAGUCAAAGGUCAAGGCUAAUGCUCUUGGACCUGCGCACUCAUUCCAAGGCAAUGGCUUUGGAAACCCUGGCAACUUGGUUAUCAAUAUGGCUGCUUUCGACGAGGUCAGCUAUGAUAAAAAAUCCACCAUUCUUACCUUUGGUGGAGGUACCCAUGUCGGCCCCGUUCAAAAGUACCUCUGGGAUACUGCUGGUCGUCACGUCCCUCAUGUCCGUGGCGCUCACGUCGGAAGUACAGGCUCUAGCAUAGGCGGUGGCUUCGGCACGACCUCUCGGUUCCUUGGAACUCCCAUGGAUAAUCUUGUUGAGAUUGAGUACAUGCUUUACAACGGAAGUAUCGUCAACGCUAAGAAGGGCUCCGAUCUGUUCUGGGCUGCCCAAGGCGCUGGGGCCUCGUUUGGUAUCAUUCUCUCCACGAAGACAAAGACUUUCAAGCCCCAUUUCGACAAGGCUAUCAACUUUACCCUGACCAUGGGCGACCUUACCCCCGAGGCUGGCGCAAAGGCUCUCGUCGCCAUCCAGGAGUACUCUCUUAGCAAGGACUGCCCUGACACGUGGGCUUUCCGGUGGAAUAUCAUGGCUCCUCCUUAUGAUGGCACUGGAUACUUCUAUGGUAACCCUGCUUCGUUUGACAGCGUCAUGGCUCCUCUUGUCAAGAAACUCAAGGCCAUCAGCUCCAACACUGCGGUCAAGAGUACCGUUCUUCCCUGGUGGGAUCUCGAGGUUGCUGUUGCUGGACCAGGAAUGAAUUUGCCCAACGGAGGCGCUCUUGGAGGACGAUCUUUCUACACUCAAUCUCUUACUACCACCACCGACCACCCUCUCACUGUCAAACAAGCCCAGAUCCUCUUUGAGGGCACCACUCUAGCCUUCAACCGUACCGACAUGACAAAGUUCGGAUACAUGGAUCUCUGGGGUGGUGUAUCGCGCUCUAUCAAGGAUAGCGAUACCGCUUAUGCCCACGGCAAGAACCUUUGGUUAAUUCGUUGGGACGCCAAUGCAAUUGGCGCCUACCCUAGUGAUGGCAUCAGCUACAUGAGAGCUUCUAUCAAGCCCUUCGAAGACUCACUUGUCAAGAGUGGUGCUAAGCUCCGCGGCUUCGUCAAUUAUGCUGACACUGAACUUACUGAGAAGGAAUGGAGCUCUCGUCUGUACGACGGUAACUAUGAGCGUCUUAAGCAAAUCAAGGCUCGAUAUGAUCCUGAGGGCCUGUUUAUCAACCACAGACAGUCAAUUCCUCUGCCUUAG